UGGAGAUUGACCUUCAUAUUGUACCCGGGAGCAUUAAGUGACCUUUAAUGGCACAAUUAGGCCGCUAUACUUUUCGGACAGUGCAGUUAUGCACACAUUCGCAUUCAUUUUGGAAAUAAUUUUCCCACAGAAAAGGCGUUUCUUGGCCUUUAACUAGCCGUGCUAUACAUGCGUGUGAAUGACCAAUCACGUGUACUGAGCAACAUUUCACAAUGUUCCCAUUCAAACCAAAGUUUCUGACGAGGGCUCACUAACCGAGUGAGUUGAUCGCCCCUGGAGCGUUGGCCCAAUUCAGUAUCGAUGUAUCUAUUUUACCUGGGAUUAUACGGGCUCGCUGCAUUAUUCUGUUUACUUGGUUAUAUCUUCGCAUGGAUUGAUUGGGCUCUAGGAAACCGAUCAAGAAGAAGACUCGCAGUUACCCAAAACUCUACGCCAAGGACGGUUUCUUCUCACUUGGAUUCGAAUGGAGAAAUAGCUACAUGCGCACCCGCUGUGGAUAUCCCCGUGCAGGAACAACAACAAGCGUUUGAAGAGAAGAACACUACAGAAGCCCCGCCGCCGGACGAAUGCCUAUACGGCAACGGCAAAAUGGAAGAAUACUCACCGACCACAGAUGAACAGAAAAAGUCAUGGAACGAACGACGACGUGAACGAAGACAACGUUAUAAGCGAGAGAAAUUGCAGAAGCAAAUGCAACGUGAAGAGGAAAAACGUCUUCUGUCAUUAGAAGAGUCUCAGAAUGAAGACAGCAUGAAUUCGGAAGCAGAUUUAAGUGCUGGCGAAGCCGACUUUUCUGAACUUUUGAAAGAAAUUCUUCAAGCUCAUGAGAUGUGCUCUCGUAGAGAAUCCAUACAGGUUACCGAUCUUGACGACAAAUUGUGCAACGCAAGCAUACACGUAGUGGAGGUGAGUAUAAUUACUCUAUUCUUGUGACGUGUGUGCAAUCGGUGAGUCCAGCGUUCGCCACCUCUUAGCAAUGGGGACAUUUUGUGCACUGGCACCACCUAUCUUUCGUAUGAACGCUUGCGUCCUCAUUCUUCACAAAAUAUCUCCUUUCGUCUGCCCGUCUAUAACAAUAUGUACCAUAAAAACUAUAUGAAAGAAAU